AUGUCCCACGCGCAACAAUACCUGGGUCUCAUGGACAGGAGUCCACAAGGGGUUGGUGAAAGGUUUGCCAUGGAGAAUAUACCGUGGACUGAGCCUGUGACAUCUUCGAAAUUUGAAGAUCUCCUUGGGCUAAACAAAGGCUCUGUGGAAAGUAUAUCUAUAAAGAAUAUGACGAAGCCCGGUCAGAAUUUCGGCAGCAGCUUACUGAGUAUUGAGCUAGCAUUGCGAGAUGGUCAAACGCUGUACCUGGUUGGCAAAUUCAUGCCUAGAACAGAAGCGCAAAAAGCAGCUUUCGAUUCGGCGAAGACAUUUGUGAAAGAAAUACACGCGUACCGCUCCAUAAACGUCGAACUGAUUAAACUGCAGCGUGAGAGGGGCGUUCCGGAAGAGGAGGUCUGCGACCCUAUGCCGCGGUACUACGGGUCGCGGGUGAACAUGGCCGACGACGAGUCGUCGGGGGCCGACGACAACGCAGUGCUCCUGCUGCAGAACCUGACGCGCAGCGGCUACCAGAUGGGAGACCAGAAGAAGGGGCUGGACUUGGCGCACGCGAGGUUGCUCGUCGAGAAGGUCGCGCAGUUCCAAGCGUCGGCAGUCUCUCUCAGGCUCCUCAAACCGCAAGUGUUUAGCAGCCUCAUUGACGGCAAGUGUACUUUCGCUGGUAUGGGAGCCGAAGCGAACCGGCAGUUUUCCAACAGCCUCAUGGAACAUUUUAAAUCUUUUCCAGAGGUUGCACCGUAUUACGACAGACUUAGGGCUACCAAUGAUCGGGUGUGUGAUAUCUCUCUGGAGAAGCUUUGGGCGGAAGUUGUCGAACCGUACGCUUCGCUGUCGCAUAACGAUCUGUGGGUCAACAACAUGAUGUUCCUGAACGACGUCAGUGGCAAUCCGACGAGUGUGAAGUUCUUCGACUUCCAGACGCUCACCUACUCGUCGCCUGUUAGAGACCUCAUAUUUUUCCUGUACACCAGCGUACGACACGAUCUGGUUAGAAACAGUGUCGAUGAACUAACAGCAUUAUAUUACGAGAGUUUCGUAGCCUGGCUGAAGAAAAUGGGUUGUAGCACAGAAGCGUUUACGGAGACAGCAUUCAGACAAGAGAUCGACAGGGUCGCCCCGACGGAGGUGAUGCAUAUACUACUGUUGCUGAACGUAUUGUGCGCAGACGAACACGAGAAAUUUACGCCCUCUGAUGAGCCGGAUUCAAGUCCGUCAUUUUCUUCGAGCGAAAUGUAUCGAACGAAAGCAUUAAUCACGCUUCAAGAUUUUGAUGCAAGGGGCUGGUUGUAAUGGAUGUGUCAUUAAGUAUACAUUGCAAAAUAUGUGUCCACGUCAAAUAUUUAUCUGUUUCGCCAUAUGCGAAUAUGUUUCACACGGGCUGCGUUUAAGGAUGCACCUGUGAGAAACGCUCCUACGUUUCCCCUUCCUUGUCCCAAAUCUAACGUUGCAGACAUUUGGAAAAUCGUGGGGCAUACCGAAACGUCCCCUUUGGAAAAUUUAUGAAUUACUGUGCUGGUAAACCUCUUACGUUAUUUGAUUUUCAAACACAUGAGCAGAACUGAACGUACCCAGACAUUUCUCUCUUUACUUAUUCUGAUCAACACUGAACUAACACACAAUAUUUUUAGCGCAACGCAAUCUGACUUUCAAUAAUCCAUACAAAAGAAUGGAGCUGACUAACAAUAACCUAUACCUUUCAUGAAUCACUUACCUCACAAAAAUCUUCGUUACUCGAACUACUGCAAUACAGCGAGCGCCAAUACUGCCAGCUAAAUGAAUGAUUCUAACUACUGAAGACACUAACCACUGAUAGGCAAAGUUAGCAAAUGAAAGAAAUACUGAAAAUGGCAGAGUACUUCUUCGCUAUUCCAUUGCGUUAUUGAAAAUGUUGGACGUGUGUUUUCAAUAAUCUCGGUCAAAUAAGGGGGAAAAAAACAGAUUAAGCAACGGCUCUGUGAAUGGCAUUAUGUUGUCUAAAUACAGUUACAGAACGUUAGCUGUUCAAAAUUUGAAUACAAUAUAGCAAACAAUGUAUUUACCUUAGUAGCGUUCAAAAGUCAUAAUAAAUAUAUCAGUUCAUGACAUCCAGUCUUACAAAUUUCGCUUUUCUGACGGACACAAGUCCAGAUCGUCCGCUCUCAAAACUCUGCCAUCUCUCUUCCCACAUCCAUCACUGCUGGCAGCUCACCUCCAACUGAGCAACGCUACGCGCUGUUCACAUCCAACUGCCCAACACUACAAUAGCGAAUAUUCCAACAAUGCAAACCAGCCACAGACUUCACACAGCACAGUCAGUGAUUUUCAUAUAGAGCGCUACGUGGCGUUACCAACAUAAAAACCUAAACAGCCUACUCACAAUACUCUUGAUUUUAGCUUUGUGCCCGCUAUUCGGAAGGAAUUUAAGGCGAAAUUUCAACGUCUUACGUUCUGAUGAGACCCACGCAAAUGGACUUUUCAUCCGAGUGAGCAGCAGCGGUAAGCUUAGAUUGGAGGUCUUAUUUGCCUGAUUUCCGGUGACGUCCAAACGGCGGAGUCGUGUGCCUUAAAAAACUGUCUCUUAUGCGCAGCUCGUUCUAUUCUCCACGCUACUCACUUGCGCAGCCUUGCGGCAACGGAAGCAUUUGCUUAUUUAUCCACUAGCAACGGCCGCUGCUUUACCUUGCUAUACUGCCUGCGAUAUUUGGGAGUCACUCCUACGUGACUAUUGUCCUACUGGUUCUACAUAAAUUAUAAAUAUGCCAUAUCAGUGUAUGGUAAAUGUAUGGGAUAUAUCA